CCGGGUCACUGGGGCUGGGCUGCUCGCGAGCAGCUCACUCCAGAGAGUGCCUAGCCUCUGGUCAGCUACCCCAGCCGGCCUUGAGGACAGAACUUUCUCUCUCCCUCUCUCUUACUCUCUCUCUCUCUCUCUCUCUCUCUCUCUCUCUCUCUCUCUCUCUCUCUCUCUCUCUCUCUCUCACAACAUCCCUCCUCACAACCCCACCGGGCUCACCCUCCCCUACCCCCCCUGACAUCAUCCCAUCCUUCCUGCCUCUUCCUCCAUCUUCUCCCCCCCACACUUUCCCCACCCUUGAGAAGGCUGGAGCAGGGAAGCUGCCGGACCCCUUGCCUCUGCCUCUUUGGUCACGAGGACAACCCACGCCAUCCAGCGAGGCCCCCGGCUGCCCUGCCUCUGGACACUGGAUAAGGUCCCAAGGACAGACAGACAGAGGGACGGCAUGGAGGGAGCCUUCUACAUCGCGAUGUUUCUGGCUGCUUGUUCCUUCAGCCUGGCAAAUGCUCUGAAGGAACCUGACUGUGACCUGGAGCUCCCGGAUUCUGAAACAGGAAAGGUGACAUACACCACAAAUCAAGUCUUCUGGGGUUGCCUGGGCAAGAGAUCCCUUAACUCUACCCAGGAAGUCCAUGUCCUCAACCUGAGGUUUCUAAAGUCCUUUUUUUCCCAGGGUCUCUCAGAACUGGAGCUGACUAUUCAGUCCAGCAAGGGAAGUGGCCCACAGAUCAGACCUCCCUAUGUCGUUCUCGGUGUCCAAGGUCGCAUUACGCUUUCGCUCCAGGUCAAAGGAAUCUCAGUCAACCUUUUCAUGAAUCCUACAAAGGUCUUCUUCAAAGAUACACCAGUCAGCUACAGUAUCUUGCCAGAAUUCUCCACAAGGGAAGAGCUCCUUGACUGGGCCCAGAGGAAAUAUGGAAACAUCACCUCCUAUGCAGAAAUAGAUGACCCCCAGAGCAUCAUACUCCAUCUAGAUCAAGCUCUGGCACCUGCAUUCCCAUGUGUCCCAGAGUCUAAUUUCAACAUGGGCAGCUACCUUACAUGGAAGGCCAUUGCACCGGUGUACAAAGGCUGCUACAUCAGGAAGGUGCCGGGCAGGAAAGUGGCUCACAUCGUGAAAGUCAUGCAGAGUUCCUCAAGCAGCCCUCAGAUAGUGGAGGUGAAGAUGAACUUGAGCUGUCCUUUGGGGAAUAUGGCUCCCACACUGGAUGCUGUGGUGAUUCUGCAGGGACCUCCCAACGUCAAUUGGCUGAUUGACUCCGACUACAAUGUGCAGAUCUGGACCACAGGUGAAUACUCCUUCAAGAUCUUCCCCAACAAGAACAUCCCUGGCUCCAUCCUCCCUGACACAUUCCCGGAACUACUUCAUGAGGUCCAUAAGAAGUUCAAUGCUAGCAUCUUUGCCUCCUACGUGGAGAUUCCAUUUACCGGCCACAUUGCCCUGUGGGCCCCUAGUUGUGCUCCCCAAGUAGAAACCUCACCUUCUCCAGUGCUGACAACUCCAUCCUUGAUGACUUGUUAUUUGCCUCUGCUGAGUUCCCUGCUUUUGCCCCAGUGCUCCCCAGACAGCAUGACACUGGUGCUAAAGAAGAAUAUUCUCAUGGUCCUGAACUGUCAGAUCAAACAUCUCUCCUUCCGGGACCCGAGUUGCCAGUCACAGGAGAAAGAUGAUGAGCUGGUCCUGAGCAGCAGCUUCCAUGGGUGUGGGAUGAAUGUGAAGAAAGGUAUCAUUUUAGACAAUGAGGUGGCUGUGACCUUGACCUCCAGCUCUGUUCCAAUUCUGACAGAGGUUGAGUGUCUUAACACCAGUGCCUUAUCUGUCCACAUGGAUGCCUACAACAGCCAGCAAUUCCUUCGCACCUCCAGCACCAUUGAGCUGGGCCAACGGGUCUAUGUGCAGGUGACAGUGACCCCAGCUGCUGAAGAGCUCGCUGCAUACCUGGACACCUGCUCCCUGGACCUGGGGCCAGAGGCUGAUCCUGUGGAACUAAUCUACGAUCAGAUGCCUAAGAGCCCCCGGGUGAAAAUCCUGACAUCAGUCUCCAACAAGAUACAAUUCAGCUUCCUUCUCCGGGGUCACAUGGUGCCCACACCAACUGCUGCCAUACUUAAUUGUAAUGUAGAUCUGGUCCUCCGGGGCAAGCCUGAGACCAAGGUUAUCCUUAAGACCUCUAUGAAGCUGAACAUCAAUAACCCCACACUGACAAGCCUGAGCAUGCCUGCCGUCCUGGGAAUCACCUUUGGAGCCUUCAUCAUUGGAGCCUUGCUCACUGCGGCCCUCUGGUACAUCUCCUCCCAUACCCGUCCUCCCGGCAAGAGGCAGCCAGUGAUGGCCACUGUGCCAGCCUCUGAGAGCAGCAGCACCAACCACAGCAUUGGCAGCACUCAGAGCACGCCCUGCUCCACCAGCAGCAUGGCGUAACCCACCCUGACUCACCCCCCACUAGCCCAGACUGUACCAUCUCCAGCCUAAGAAAGCUCACUCGGCACCCUCUACCUGGACCAUGUCUCCAGCUUCCAGGAGUCGUGCCUGCCUUCUUCUACACUCUGGACUUUUGAAGAGUCAGCCUGGAUCUGGCCUCUUUGGGCCAAAGAUGGUGGAGGGGUGGAGGGAUGGAAGGUAGGGCCAGGGCAUCAUCAUGAGCCUGACACCUUCAGAGACAAGCUACACCCCCUACACACCCAAGAGCAGAAAUGGGUGUUGGCAGCCCCCAACUGGCAUAGCUGAUAACCAGGAGUCUGGGCCCCAGACUCUUAACGCAUUCAAUGAAUUGUGUCCACCCAAACCCCAGCCCUAAAGACAAUCCCCUCCCAGAGCUCGAUGAGUCACAGCUUCAGGUUAUGAACAGAACCCCUUCCUCCACCUCUAAUUCUCAAGAGGGGACCCAUCUCAAAGCACCUUGAGUUCAUUAUUGGGAAUUUGGGUUCCAACUGACAACCUCUCAACUGGUCAUGGAGUUUUGGGGGUGAGAGACAUACUUCCUGAGCUGUAUAUAUGCCUCACAGUAUUUCUAUAUUAUUGUAUAAAUGUAUGUUAUUUUAAUAUUGGCCCAGAGUUUUCUGAGCUCUGGAGAGUUUGCGGAUAGAAAGGAAUGAGUGAAUUUUAUACCCAGAAAUCAGCCUGCCCCCUUCACAAGGCCCCCCAAAGAGGCUUCAGGGAUUGGGGAGAGAUCAGAGCUGAAUUCUCAUUUUCUGGUGAGUCAUCCACCCCAAACUCUUCUUGUAGCUGUGUGGCCUUGGCUGAGAUCAGCUCUCCCCUCCCGCUUCCCCAUUUGGAUUUGCCCAAUGCUCGCCCCUAGCCCCGCAGGGCUUGCUCCCUCUGCCACCAGCCAAGGCCUUAAGCUCUACAAGCUCCCCUUCCCCUCGUCCUUCCCUGAAGCUGCUGCAGCAACAGUGCCCCCAUGGACCCCUGUGCCCACCUGUCCUAGGCCCUCCAGGAAGGACGCGGGCUCAGGAGAGGGGCUGCCACCCCAGCCAGCAGGGGCCUCCCUUCUCUACAUCCCAGCAAGAAAAACGACCAUGGAGUGCUUGCGGCCCUUCUCUUGGCCACAAGGCAAUAGGAGAGGGAGACGCAGAAUAAUGAGUGAGCUUCCCCACAGCCCAAGGGUUGACUGGAUCCUGAAGCUAUAUAGGCCAUACAGGCCCCCACCCUCUGCUCUCACUGCUGCCAUGUUGGAAGAGACCUAGAAAAGCACCAGCUUCUACCUUCGUACAUCCAGAUAGAGCCCCAUAUCAACCCCUUCACUUUAAAGAGAUGGGCACUUUUACACUUUAUAAAUCCCUCUGCUCCCAACAACCCAGGGAUCAUCUCCCUUUUACACUUGGGCAGGAGCGAGCAAAGUUGAGUGGCUUGUCUCCCACAUGGCUUGUAACUUGACAGAGCCAGGAUUUGAACCUACAUCUUCUCACUCCACAUAACUGCAGUUGGCAUUUAUUCAGCGCUUUUAAGUGUGCAGGGCAAUUUACAAAUAGCAUCUCAUCUGAUCCGCACCACAAACCUGGGAAGUAGGUGCUAUUAUUGUCCCCAUUUCACAGAUGAGGAAACAGAAGCAAGUAGGGAUAAAGUGUCCUGCCCAGGGUCCCUUGGCUAUUAUUAAGUGCCUGAGGGAAGAUCUGAACUCAGGUCUUCUCAAUUUCACCUCCAGCAAGCUUUCCACUCAGCCACCUAGCUGCCAGGAAAGAACAUCUAGGGUUCUUUCUCUAUCCGUUAGUUUAAGGCUAAGGGAGGCGAGUUUAACUGAUCCCAGUCUCCCAAGAGUACUUCUGCACAAGAAUGUCAGGACCCAUUUAAAUCUUCUGCCCAGAAUCCUUAGUAAGAUUCUGGAGCAUUGCUGGGGUAAACUGGACCAGGCUCUCAGGCCUCCACGUCUGGGGUGGACCAGAGGGGAGGCUGGAAUGUGGAAGAGGGGUACAGACCUCAGGAGCUAGAAAGGGCUCAGCAUCUUCCAGAGGGGAAACUGAGGUCUCAAGCUGGGAAGUGAGCUGUCCAAAGGGAAUACAGCUUCUAAGUGCUGGGACUCAAAAUUCAGCCUCUCCCUGAGCUAUAUUUCAUGGAUCUCAAUUUUCAUGUCUGUCUGGGCAGUCAAGGAAGCUUGAGGCAUAAGUCUCUUGGAAAAAAAAUUUUUUUUAAUUAAAAAAGCUUUAACUCCCUA